AAACCAAUUUUAGCGGGCAUUUCGGUUGUUGUUGAACAGGAAAAUUUUAAUAAAUCACACAGGAAAUGUUAAGUGUGGGCAGUAUACAUGAAGGUUUUGGAAGUCAACAAAAUGAUUAUACCUCACCAAAGAAGAAAAAGAAAGUUUGUGAAGUGGAGAAAGACAAGUUACCCUUUGAAGUACAAGAAGAGAUAGAAUGUCUGUAUGACUUUGUACCGGAAGUUGAACAACAUUUUGUUGUCACAAACAAAAUUGGAGAAGGUACAUUUAGUUCAGUGUUUUUGGCCAGGCUGAAACAUUACCCAGAUGUGGAUCAGUUGUUUGCUCUAAAGCAUAUUAUACCAACCAGUCAUCCUAGCAGAAUAGAAGGAGAAUUGCAAUGUCUACAGGAAAUAGGGGGCUGUGAUAAUGUCAUGGGUGUAGAGUUAUGUAUCAGACAGAGAGACCAUGUUGUCAUUGUUAUGCCGUACUUUCCACAUGAAAAAUUCCAGGACUAUAUGUUGACAAUGUCAUUGUUAGAGGUCCAAGCCUAUAUGAAGAAUUUGCUGGUUGCAUUGAGAAGAGUUCAUCAGUUUAACAUCAUACACAGAGAUGUCAAGCCCAGUAACUUCUUAUACAAUAGUUCAACUAAACAGUAUGCCUUGGUAGAUUUUGGUUUGGCACAUAAAGCACCUGCACCAAAUGAUAAAACUAAUACAGAGACCAUAUCACCAUUACUGCCAUCUAAAAUAGUAGAAUCGCAAGAAAACCAGAACUUGAAAAACAUUCAGCAACCAGAAAAUCACAGUCUGAAGCCGCAGUUUGACAAACAGAGACACCCAGAUCGUAUGUUAAUCAGAAAAUCUAAAUCCCCAAGAAGAUUACUAUUAGCCAAGAGAGCAUUAAUGGUUAAAGAGAAAGAAAUGAUACGAUCCAAGGGAGAGAUCUCUAGGAGUCCUAGUAUUUCAACAUGUCAGUGUUAUGGUCAGCCCACUGUUUGUACUAUAUGCACAUCAAGAAGUAACCAGCAAGCACCUAGAGCUGGUACACCAGGGUUUAGAGCACCAGAAGUUCUGAUUAAAUGUCCUCACCAGACUACAGCUGUAGAUAUAUGGUCUGCUGGUGUGAUUUUUCUGUGUUUACUCAGUGGACGAUAUCCAUUCUUCAGGGCCAAUGAUGACAUGACAGCGUUAGCACAAAUAAUCAGCAUUUUUGGAAGUGAGGAUGUGAAAAAAUCUGCAGUCACUUAUGGUAAACAGUUACUGUGUAAUCCUACAACGCCAGCAUUAGACCUAAAGACAAUGUGUUACAAAUUACGAUCAGGAGCUCAGUCUAAACAAAGUAAGACGACUCCAUGGACAAAUGUAUCAGACUCUGCCUUCGACUUGUUACGGAAACUACUCGAUUUAAAUCCACAUACAAGAAUAAGUGCAGAAGAAGCCUUGAAACAUUCUUUUUUCUUAGAGAAGUGGGAAUGA